AUGGCCCCGAAGCGCGCUUCUCCGUUGGAGGAUCCUCCUUCCGCUUCAUCUUCAGAAGAAGAAUCCGAAGAAAUCAAUGACGGAAAAGAAGGCCAGAAACACGAACAAAACAUACAAAACGUGGAAUCGGAAGAAGAGGAAGAAGAAGAAUCUGAAGACGAAGAAGAAGAAGAAGAAGAAGACCAGAGAGAGAACAAGAAGCACUCUGUUCAGAGCCCACUCAACCUGCUGCGCCGCAGAAGCCAAAGCUGUCGGACUCCGAAGGCGGAGGGCGAACAGAAGGGGAAGGAGUCCCAGAAGAAGAAAAGCAAGGUUUCGAAUGGUGAUGAGGAGGAAGGCGCUGUUGAAGAGAAGAAAUCUGCAAUUACCAGAUUGUGGAGUGAGGACGAUGAGAUUGCAGUAUUGAAGGGUUUGAUAGAGUACCAGUCGAAGAAAGGGGCCGACCCACAUGCUGACAUGGGAGCUUUUCACGAUUUUAUUAAGAAAUCGCUACACGUGGAUGUCACGAAAUCUCAAUUGGUGGAUAAGAUUAGAAGGUUGAAGAAGAAGUACCAGAACAAUGUGGAGAAAGGAGAGAAAGGGGAGGACCCUGUUUUCUCCAAACCGCAUGAGCACAAGUCAUUCGAGCUUUCGAAGAAGAUAUGGGGCCGUGGAGCUGGUAAUGCUGUAGAGAAUAAUUCAAAUGCUAAGACCAAGAGCAACAAUAUCAGCAAGGCAAAAAAGAGUGUUGAAGCCAACAAUUCAACUCAUUUGCCCAAAGAAGGUAGGCCAGAGCUUUCAUUGGGAGAGGGAUCGAAGGCAGAAGGGAAGGACCUAAAGGUUGAACAAGAGGACUUCUGGUCAAUUCACCCGCGAUUGUUUCAAUCGCUGGAGUUGGAGAAAUUUCCUUACUUGUCAAUGCCGGAAGUUGGGAAGAAUUUCAUCAAGGAAAGCAUGAUUUUGAUUGGCAGCAGGAAGACGAAGGAGUUGGAAGAGAAGUGGAAGGAUUUGUGUAUGGAUGAAAUUGCUUUGUACCUGAAGCGGGUUGAGUUGAUCCAGGAGCAGGCAAAGCUUGUGUUGGAUGCAAUGAAGGCUUCAAAAUCCUAG